CACCCAACCAUUCUCCAUAGCCCGGAGUAACAGCUCGCAUAGCCCUGAAGUACAACAGUUCAAAGUGAGAGGGGGAGAGAGGAGAGAGAGAGAGACUCGACACAGUACAGAAAUACACAGAAAGGCAUCUUUGCCUUAGAGAGAGAGAGCGAGAGAGAGAACGAGAGGGAGAGAACAAACGCAACAACAACAACAACAAACUUUAGAAAACGACAUUCAAAGACAGAGCUAAGUUUCUUGGGCUGUGGUGAAGAAGACGUGGGAAGUGUCAGUGAUGCUCAAGCCAGAGUGCUGAAAAAGGUUGGCAGUGUACAGACGACAAACAAAACACAGAACACUGCGAGAGAGACAGCCUUUGGAAGCCAGCGCUUGAGCAAUCAGCAGGAAAGACACACAAGACUGAGACACUUCACACGAGGGGACUGAAGGGGACAGAGAACACAAAGAAGAAUGGCUGAAGAAGAAGACACGAGGGAGGUGCUCUUCCCACAGUGGAUGGGUGCAGACAAAGUCGGGCUGACGAUCGAGAAGUCGGGCGAAGGAGAGAUCCUUGUGAAGGACGUGAAGGAUGAGUCCCCUGCUGCGCACUCUGGGAGAGUUUACAAAGGUGACCAAAUCGUGGGUGCCACCAUCUACUUUGACAACAUGAGCUCAGAGGAAACAGAAGAGCUGCUAAAGACACUCAAUAAACACAAAGUUGGGCUGAAACUACAGAACAAAGGAGAGAAGUCACCGUGCCGCUCCCCCAUGGGCACCCUGACGUGGGAAGGCUCGGGCGCAAGAUUUGGGGGAUCGAGUCCCGACAUCAUCUUGAGCGGAGAUGAUGAGGACUACAGACGAAUCUACACUAAGAAGAUAAAGCCAAGACUGAAAUCCGAGGACCUCGCAGAGGGAGUCGAUGUGCGUACGGAACGCCACAGCAGCACGAGCAGCGAUGGCAGCACAAUCACCACCAUCACCCGACGAAUAACUACCUACACUCUGGACAUGCCAGAGGGCCAGGGACUGCAACCGUAUGAACUAGGUAGUCCAGAGUUCAAGAUCCGGCAUGAGCAGGGAGGAGAGGUCUCCCCACACAUGAAGCUAACUCACAGAGUGGGUGCAGAUGCCACUGCAGACGUAAGUGAUGUCUCUAUCACGGGUCCACAUGUCACUGGCUCAACUGAGAAACACUGGAGUAUGGGACAUGUGAAAACAACUGUUACAAAAGACACAGAGCUAAGUGAAAAAGAGCUCAGAUUUAAAAUCCCUGGUGUUGGACUUUCGGGGGACAGGGUGGAGGCGGGUUUUGGGGUAUCUGGAGAGGCAAAGACGGGAAAUAAUGGUCCUGAUAUCACGAUCAGUGAUCAGCAGCUGAGGGGAUCAGCAGGCAAGGGAAUCAGUAUAAAUAUGAAUGCUCCCGGUGCCAAGAUCAGCGGCACAUCUACAGACAUCAAAGUAACAACAGAUACAGAUGGCAAAUUCAAGACAUCAGACAUUUCAGGUCCCAGUUUAAAAACACAUGCUACUGACAUUAGUUUCAAGGGACCACAGGUCAAGGGCAGUUCCGGUGUGUCUUUUUCAGGCAUCAAAAGUGGAAUCACAAUGCCCAGCACAGACAUGGGGGGUGCAGGAGUUACAAUACAAGGCCCAGAAGGUUCGUUAAAGAUGCCUUCGGGUGCACUGAAAACAAAAGACAUCGAAAUUGGCGGCCAAUCUGGCAAGGGGUCUGUAAAAAUGCCAUCAAUGUCAGGGGUAAAUGUCUCCUUGUCUGGGGUUGAUGUGAAUUUGAAUAAGCCAAAUGUGGCAGGUGACUUAGACAUAUCAGCUCCAAAGGUAAAGGGAGAGGUGAAGGGGCCAAGAAUUGAUGUUGAAGGCUCUGGUGUUGACAUUGAGGGAUCAGAAAUGGGCUUCAAGUUACCAAAAUUUAAAAUGCCUUCCUUUGGGGUCAAGAGCUCGAAUGAUGGAAGCGACGGACACAUUUCCAUGCCUGAUGUUGAUGUUAGCAUGAAGGGGCCUAAAGCAAAGGGAGAUUUGUCGGUCAACAGUAAUGUGAAAGCACCUAAUGUUGACAUCAAUUUAAAAGGACCCAAGCUGAAAGGAGAUGUGGAAGUGUCAGUACCAAAAGUUGAAGGUGGUGUAAAAACACCAAAGGUAGACAUUGAAGGCCCAAAUGUUAGCAUUGAGGGUGUAGAGGGUGGGUUCAAGAUGCCAAAAAUCAAGGUACCAUCAUUUGGAAUCAAGGGGCCAAAGACAGAGGGCUCAGAGGUUGAUGGCAACCUUCCCAAAGCAAACAUUGACAUUAAGGGACCAAGAAUUGACAUUGCUGGGCCAAAGAUGUCAACAGCAGAUGUGGACAUAAAUCUGAAAGGACCCAAAGUCAAAGGAGAUUUGGAUAUAUCAGUACCAAAAGUACAAGGUGAUAUCAAAGCACCUAAAGUAGACAUCAAGGGGCCAGAGGUUGACAUUGAAGGCCCAGAUGGUGGAUUCAACAUGCCCAAAAUCAAAAUGCCCUCAUUUGGACUGAAGGGUUCGAAGGCAGAAGGACCUGAAGUGGAUGUCAAACUUCCAAAAGCUGAUAUCAAUGUCAAAGCACCAGGUAUUGAUAUCAAAACUCCUGAUCUCAAAGUUGAGGGUCCAGAGGGAAAGAUCACAGGGCCCAAAAUCAAAAUGCCAUCAAUGUCUGGCCCAAAUAUCUCAAUGCCUGAUGUUGACCUUAACGUGAAAGGCCCUAAAGUUAAGGGAAAUGUUGAUGUGUCAUUACCAAAAGUUGAAGGUGAUAUCAAAGCACCAAAGGUAGACAUUGAAGGCCCAGCGGUAGAUUUUGAAGGCUCAGAAGGAGGAUUCAAAAUGCCCAAAAUCAAAAUGCCCUCAUUUGGUAUAAAGGGUCCAAAGGUAGAUGGUCCUGAAGUUGAUGUGAAAAUGCCCAAAGCAAACAUUGACGUUAAGGCAUCUGAGAUGGACAUCAAAGGUCCAGAAGUGGAUGUAGAGGGUCCCGAAGGAAAGAUCAAAGGCGGUAAAUUUAAAAUGCCAUCAGUCUCUGGACCCAAGAUUUCAAUGCCUGACUUUGAUGUCAAUCUGAAAGGACCUAAACUGAAGGGAGAUGUGGAUGUGUCCAUACCAAAAGUGGAAGGGGAAAUAAAAACUCCCAAGGUAGACAUUGAAGGUCCAGACGUUGACAUAGAAGGCCCAGAGGGUGGCUUCAAAAUGCCCAAGAUCAAAAUGCCCUCAUUUGGUUUCAAGGGGCCAAAAGUGGAGGGGCCUGAUGUUGAUGUCAAAGUCCCAAAAGCUGACAUUGACAUUAAAGGCCCUGAAAUCGAAGUUGGAGGUGCAGGCAUUGACGUUGAGGGUCCUGAGGGAAAGAUCAAAGGGUCAAAAUUCAAAAUGCCAUCCAUCUCUGGUCCCAAGAUUUCAAUGCCUGACUUUGAUGUCAAUCUGAAAGGGCCUAAAAUAAAAGGAGAUGUGGAUGUAUCAGUACCAAAGGUGGAAGGAGAUAUCAAAGGUCCAAAGGUAGAUAUUGAAGGUCCAGAUGUUGACAUUGAGGGACCAGAAGGCGGAUUCAAAAUGCCCAAAAUGAAGAUGCCCUCAUUUGGAUUCAAGGGUCCAAAGGUUGAGGGACCUGAUGUUGAUGUGAAACUCCCAAAAGCAGACAUUGACAUCAAGGCACCCAAGGUUGACAUUGAAGGCCCAGAUCUUGACGUGGAGGGGCCUGAUGGAAAGAUCAAAGGCCCUAAAUUCAAAAUGCCAUCUAUUUCCGGACCAAAGAUUUCCAUGCCAGACGUUGAUCUCAACCUAAAAGGUCCUAAACUGAAAGGAGAUGUUGAUGUGUCCAUACCAAAAGUGGAAGGUGAACUCAAAGGCCCAAAGGUAGAUAUUGAAGGCCCAGAUGUUGACAUUGAAGGCCCAGAGGGUGGAUUCAAAAUGCCCAAAAUCAAAAUGCCUUCAUUUGGAUUCAAGGGACCAAAGGUUGAGGGACCUGAUGUAGAUGUGAAACUCCCAAAAGCAGAACUCGACAUCAACGCUCCAGAUGUUGACAUAAAAGGGCCCGAGCUGGAUGUUGAGGGUCCAGAUGGAAAGAUCAAAGGUCCUAAAUUCAAAAUGCCAUCUAUUUCCGGACCAAAGAUGUCUAUGCCUGACGUUGACUUCAAUCUGAAGGGACCCAAAAUGAAAGGGGAUUUGGACAUGUCAGGAGAUAUCAAAGGCCCAAAGGUAGACAUUGAAGGCCCAGAUGUUGACAUUGAGGGCCCAGAAGGCGGAUUCAAAAUGCCUAAAAUGAAGAUGCCCUCAUUUGGAUUCAAGGGACCGAAGGUUGAGGGACCUGAUGUUGAUGUGAAACUCCCAAAAGCAGACAUUGAUAUUAAGGCACCUGAAGUUGAUAUUGAAGGCCCAGAUUUUGAAAUGGAGGGCCCAGAUGGGAAGAUCAAAGGGCCAAAAUUCAAAAUGCCAUCCAUCUCUGGGCCAAAGAUUUCAAUGCCUGAUGUUGACUUCAAUCUGAAAGGGCCAAAUCUGAAGGGGCCAAAAUUGAAAGGAGAUGUGGAUGUGUCAGUUCCAAAGUUCGAAGGUGAACUCAAAGGCCCAAAGGUAGAUAUAGAAGGUCCAGAUGUUGACAUUGAAGGCCCAGAAGGUGGAUUCAAAAUGCCCAAAAUCAAGAUGCCCUCAUUUGGAUUCAAGGGGCCAAAGGUUGAGGGACCUGAUGUUGAUGUGAAACUCCCAAAAGCAGACAUUGACAUUAACGCACCAGAUAUUGACAUUGAAGGUCCAGAGUUCGAUGUAGAGGGACCUGAAGGAAAAAUCAAAGGCCCCAAAUUCAAAAUGCCUUCCAUAUCUGGGUCAAAGAUUUCAAUGCCAGAUGUUGAUUUCAAUCUGAAGGGGCCAAAAUUGAAAGGAGAUUUGGAUGUGUCAGUACCAAAGGUCGAAGGUGAACUGAAAGGUCCAAAGGUGGACAUUGAAGGCCCAGAUGUUGACAUUGAAGGCCCAGAAGGUGGAUUCAAAAUGCCCAAAAUGAAGAUGCCCUCAUUUGGAUUCAAGGGGCCAAAGGUAGAGGGGCCUGAUGUUGAUGUGAAACUCCCAAAAGCAGAUGUUGACAUCAAAGCACCAGAGAUUGACAUUAAAGGUCCAGAACUUGAUGUGGAGGGCCCAGAUGGAAAAAUCAAAGGGCCAAAAUUCAAAAUGCCCUCCAUAUCUGGGCCAAAGAUUUCAAUGCCUGAUGUUGACUUCAAUCUGAAGGGGCCGAAAUUGAAAGGAGAUGUGGAUGUGUCUGUGCCAAAAGUGGAAGGAGAUAUCAAAGCUCCAAAGAUAGAUAUUGAAGGCCCAGAUGUUGACAUUGAAGGCCCAGAAGGUGGAUUCAAAAUGCCCAAAAUGAAGAUGCCCUCAUUUGGAUUCAAGGGGCCAAAGGUAGAGGGACCUGAUGUUGAUGUGAAACUCCCAAAAGCAGACAUUGACAUUAAAGGUCCAGAGAUUGACGUGGAGGGCCCAGAUGGAAAAAUCAAAGGGCCAAAAUUCAAAAUGCCAUCCAUAUCUGGGCCAAAGAUUUCAAUGCCAGAUGUUGAUUUCAAUCUGAAGGGGCCGAAAUUGAAAGGAGAUGUGGAUGUGUCUGUGCCAAAAGUGGAAGGAGAUAUCAAAGCUCCAAAGAUAGAUAUUGAAGGCCCAGAUGUUGACAUUGAAGGCCCAGAAGGUGGAUUUAAGAUGCCCAAAAUGAAGAUGCCCUCAUUUGGAUUCAAGGGUCCAAAGGUAGAGGGACCUGAUGUUGAUGUGAAACUCCCAAAAGCAGAUAUCAACAUUAAAGCACCCGAGGUUGACAUUAAAGGUCCAGAGUUCGAUGUAGAGGGACCUGAAGGAAAAAUCAAAGGCCCCAAAUUCAAAAUGCCAUCCAUAUCUGGGCCAAAGAUUUCAAUGCCAGAUGUUGAUUUCAAUCUGAAGGGGCCAAAAAUGAAAGGAGAUUUGGAUGUGUCUGUACCAAAAGUUGAAGGUGAACUGAGAGGUCCAAAGGUAGACAUUGAAGGCCCAGAUGUUGACAUUGAAGGUCCAGAGGGUGGAUUCAAGAUGCCCAAAAUCAAAAUGCCCUCAUUUGGAUUCAAGGGUCCAAAGGUUGAGGGACCUGAUGUUGAUGUUAAUCUCCCAAAAGCAGACAUUGACAUCAAAGCGCCAGAGAUUGACAUUAAAGGUCCAGAGCUUGACGUGGAGGGGCCUGAUGGAAAAAUCAAAGGGCCCAAAUUCAAAAUGCCCUCGAUUUCAGGGCCAAAGAUUUCAAUGCCAGAUGUUGAUUUCAAUCUGAAGGGGCCAAAAAUGAAAGGAGAUUUGGAUGUGUCUGUACCAAAAGUCGAAGGUGAACUGAAAGGUCCAAAGCUAGAUAUUGAAGGCCCAGAUGUUGACAUUGAAGGCCCAGAAGGUGGAUUCAAAAUGCCCAAAAUGAAGAUGCCCUCAUUUGGAUUCAAGGGUCCAAAGGUAGAGGGACCUGAUGUUGAUGUGAAACUCCCAAAAGCAGAUAUCAAUAUUAAAGCACCCGAGGUUGACAUUAAAGGUCCAGAGUUCGAUGUAGAGGGACCUGAAGGAAAAAUCAAAGGCCCUAAAUUCAAAAUGCCAUCCAUAUCUGGGCCAAAGAUUUCAAUGCCAGAUGUUGAUUUCAAUCUGAAGGGGACAAAAUUGAAAGGAGAUUUAGAUGUGUCAGUACCAAAGGUCGAAGGUGAACUAAAAGGUCCAAAGGUAGACAUUGAAGGCCCAGAUGUUGACAUUGAAGGUCCCGAGGGUGGAUUCAAAAUGCCCAAAAUCAAGAUGCCCUCAUUCGGAUUCAAGGGACCGAAGGUUGAGGGACCUGAUGUUGAUGUGAAACUCCCAAAAGCAGACAUUGAUAUUAAGGCACCAGAGGUCAACAUUAAAGGUCCAGAGCUCGAUGUGGAGGGACCAGAAGGAAAAAUCAAAGGGCCAAAAUUCAAAAUGCCCUCCAUAUCUGGGCCAAAGAUUUCAAUGCCUGAUGUUGACUUCAAUCUGAAGGGGCCGAAAUUGAAAGGAGAUGUGGAUGUGUCUGUGCCAAAAGUGGAAGGAGAUAUCAAAGCUCCAAAGAUAGAUAUUGAAGGCCCAGAUGUUGACAUUGAAGGCCCAGAAGGUGGAUUCAAAAUGCCCAAAAUGAAGAUGCCCUCAUUUGGAUUCAAGGGGCCAAAGGUAGAGGGACCUGAUGUUGAUGUGAAACUCCCAAAAGCAGACAUUGACAUUAAAGGUCCAGAGAUUGACGUGGAGGGCCCAGAUGGAAAAAUCAAAGGGCCAAAAUUCAAAAUGCCAUCCAUAUCUGGGCCAAAGAUUUCAAUGCCAGAUGUUGAUUUCAAUCUGAAGGGGCCGAAAUUGAAAGGAGAUGUGGAUGUGUCUGUGCCAAAAGUGGAAGGAGAUAUCAAAGCUCCAAAGAUAGAUAUUGAAGGCCCAGAUGUUGACAUUGAAGGCCCAGAAGGUGGAUUUAAGAUGCCCAAAAUGAAGAUGCCCUCAUUUGGAUUCAAGGGUCCAAAGGUUGAGGGACCUGAUGUUGAUGCGAAACUCCCAAAAGCAGAUAUCAACAUUAAAGCACCCGAGGUUGACAUUAAAGGUCCAGAGUUCGAUGUAGAGGGACCUGAAGGAAAAAUCAAAGGCCCUAAAUUCAAAAUGCCAUCCAUAUCUGGGCCAAAGAUUUCAAUGCCAGAUGUUGAUUUCAAUCUGAAGGGGCCAAAAAUGAAAGGAGAUUUGGAUGUGUCUGUACCAAAAGUUGAAGGUGAACUGAGAGGUCCAAAGGUAGACAUUGAAGGCCCAGAUGUUGACAUUGAAGGUCCAGAUGGUGGAUUCAAGAUGCCCAAAAUCAAGAUGCCCUCAUUUGGGUUCAAGGGGCCAAAGCUUGAGGGACCUGAUGUCGAUGUUAAACUCCCAAAAGCAGACCUUGACAUAAAGGCACCAGAGGUGGACAUUAAAGGUCCAGAAUUUGACGUGGAGGGACCUGAAGGAAAAAUCAAAGGCCCUAAAUUCAAAAUGCCAUCCAUAUCUGGGCCAAAGAUUUCAAUGCCAGAUGUUGAUUUCAAUCUGAAGGGGCCAAAAAUGAAAGGAGAUUUGGAUGUGUCUGUACCAAAAGUCGAAGGUGAACUGAAAGGUCCAAAGCUAGAUAUUGAAGGCCCAGAUGUUGACAUUGAAGGUCCCGAGGGUGGAUUCAAAAUGCCUAAGAUCAAGAUGCCCUCAUUUGGGUUCAAGGGGCCAAAGCUUGAGGGACCUGAUGUCGAUGUUAAACUCCCAAAAGCAGACCUUGACAUAAAGGCACCAGACGUGGACAUUAAAGGUCCGGAAUUUGACGUGGAGGGACCUGAAGGAAAAAUCAAAGGCCCUAAAUUCAAAAUGCCAUCCAUAUCUGGGCCAAAGAUUUCAAUGCCAGAUGUUGACUUCAAUCUCAAAGGACCUAAAUUUAAGGGGGAUGUAUCAGGUCCAAAAUUGGAAGGUGAUCUCAAUGUAGGAAAUGUAGACAUUGAGGUUCCAGAUGUAGAUAUCGAAGGUCCAGAUGGAAAGAUCAAGGGGCCCAAGUUCAAAAUGCCUUCCAUUUCAGGCCCAAAAAUCUCAAUGCCUGAUGUUGACUUCAAUCUGAAAGGACCUAAAGUUAAGGGAGAUUUUGAUGUAGCCAUGCCCAAAGUGGAAGGUGAUUUGAAAGCACCAAAGAUUGACAUUGAAGGUCCAGAUGUUGACAUAGAAGGUCCAGAAGGUGGAUUCAAGAUGCCAAAAAUCAAAAUGCCAUCCUUUGGAUUCAAAGGGCCGAAAGUAGAGGGACCAGACAUUGAUGUCAAACUUCCCAAAGCAGACAUUGAUGUUAAAGCACCGGAAAUUGACAUCUCAAGUCCAGAUUUUGAAGUGGAGGGACCGGAUGGAAAGAUCAAGGGGCCUAAAUUUAAAAUGCCGUCCAUCUCUGGGCCAAAGAUAUCAAUGCCCGAUGUUGAUUUUAACCUGAAAGGCCCUAAGCUGAAGGGAGAUGUUGAUGUGUCCGUACCCAAAUUUGAAGGUGAACUGAAAGGUCCAAAGGUAGACAUUGAAGGCCCAGAUGUUGAUAUUGAAGGUCCAGAGGGUGGAUUCAAAAUGCCGAAAAUCAAGAUGCCCUCAUUUGGAGUGAAGGGACCAAAAAUGGAAGGACCUGACAUUGAUAUGAAACUGCCAAAAGGAGAUAUUAACGUUAAGGCACCAGGCAUUGACAUUGAGGGUCCAGAUCUUGAUAUGGAGGGUCCAGAUGGCAAGAUUAAAGGGCCUAAAUUCAAAAUGCCAUCUCUUUCAGGCCCUAAAAUAUCAAUGCCUGACGUCGAUUUCAAUUUGAAAGGGCCUAAGCUAAAGGGAGAUGUUGAUGUGUCAUUGCCAAAUCUUGAAGGUGACUUAAAAGCCCCGAAAGUGGAUAUUGAAGCGCCAAAGGUUGACAUUCACGCCCCAGAUGUUGAUAUCAGUGGACCUGAGAUUGGAGUGAAGAAGCACAAAUUUAAAAUGCCGAAGUUUGGAAUGAAAAGUCCAAAGUUAGAAGGCCCUGACAUAGACCUGAAGAGUCCAAAAGCUGAGCUAGACAUCAAAGGGCCGAAAGCCAACUUUCAAGGUCCAGAUGUCGAUAUUGCAGCAUCCAGCGUGAAAGUCAAAAGUCCAGAUAGUGGAUUUAAGUUACCACGAUUUAAGUUGCCCAAAUUUGGCUUUAAAUCACCAAAAGUAGAGGGUCCAGAUGCUAGUGUCAGUUUGCCAAAAGCAGACAUUAAUGUUGGAUCUGCUGAUUUUGACAUAAAUACACCAGACAUUAAUCUCAAAGGACCUCAAGUUGAUGUCAAAAGUCCUGGUAUUGAAAUUGAGGGUCCAGAGGGAAAGAUCAAGGGGCCAAAAUUCAAAAUGCCAAGUCUAUCAGGUCCAAAACUCUCCAUGCCGGAUGUUGAUUUCAAUCUGAAAGGACCUAAGGUAAAGGGAGAUAUGGAUGUGUCAGUGCCAAAAAUUGAAGGUGACAUCAAAGGACCAAAAGUAGAUAUUGAAGGCCCUGAAGUUGACAUUGAUGGUCCAGAUGGUGGUUUCAAAAUGCCAAAGAUCAAAAUGCCCUCAUUUGGAUUGAAGGGCCCGAAGAUGGAGGGACCCGAUAUUGAUGUGAAAAUGCCACAUGGUGACAUUGAUGUUGAAGGCCCAGAUUUUGAUGUUGAAGGUCCAGAGGGAAAGAUUAAGGGGCCUAAAUUCAAAAUGCCAUCAAUAUCUGGGCCAAAGAUCUCAAUGCCUGAUGUUGACUUCAACUUAAAAGGACCAAAACUGAAAGGAGAUAUGGAUGUGUCAGUGCCAAAAGUCGAAGGUGAACUUAAAGGCCCAAAGGUAGAUAUUGAAGGACCAGAUGUUGAUAUCGAGGGCCCAGAAGGCGGAUUCAAAAUGCCAAAAAUCAAGAUGCCUUCAUUUGGAUUCAAGGGGCCAAAGGUUGAGGGACCUGAUGUUGAUGUGAAUCUCCCAAAAGCAGACAUUGACAUCAAUGCACCGGGAAUUGACAUUAAAGGUCCAGAAUUUGAUGUGGGUGGACCUGAAGGAAAAAUCAAAGGACCUAAAUUUAAAAUGCCAUCCAUAUCUGGUCCUAACAUAUCAAUGCCUGACGUUGACUUCAAUCUGAAAGGACCAAAAUUGAAGGGAGAUGUGGACAUGUCUGGUGAACUCAAAGGUCCAAAGGUAGAUAUUGAAGGCCCGGAUGUUGAUAUUGAAGGCCCAGAAGGUGGAUUCAAAAUGCCCAAAAUCAAAAUGCCCUCUUUUGGAUUUAAGGGGCCAAAGGUAGAGGGACCUGAUGUAGAUGUGAACCUCCCAAAAGCAGACAUUGACAUCAAUGCACCGGGAAUUGACAUUAAAGGUCCAGAAUUUGAUGUGGGUGGACCUGAAGGAAAAAUCAAAGGACCUAAAUUCAAAAUGCCAUCCAUAUCUGGUCCUAACAUAUCAAUGCCUGACGUUGACUUCAAUCUGAAAGGACCAAAACUGAAGGGAGAUGUGGACAUGUCUGGUGAACUCAAAGGUCCAAAGGUAGAUAUUGAAGGCCCGGAUGUUGAUAUUGAAGGCCCAGAAGGUGGAUUCAAAAUGCCCAAAAUCAAAAUGCCCUCUUUUGGAUUUAAGGGGCCAAAGGUAGAGGGACCUGAUGUAGAUGUGAACCUCCCAAAAGCAGACAUUGACAUCAAUGCACCGGGAAUUGACAUUAAAGGUCCAGAAUUUGAUGUGGGUGGACCUGAAGGAAAAAUCAAAGGACCUAAAUUCAAAAUGCCAUCCAUAUCUGGUCCUAACAUAUCAAUGCCUGACGUUGACUUCAAUCUGAAAGGACCAAAACUGAAGGGAGAUGUGGACAUGUCUGGUGAACUCAAAGGUCCAAAGGUAGAUAUUGAAGGCCCGGAUGUUGACAUUGAAGGCCCAGAAGGUGGAUUCAAAAUGCCUAAAAUCAAAAUGCCCUCUUUUGGAUUUAAGGGGCCAAAGGUAGAGGGACCUGAUGUAGAUGUGAACCUCCCAAAAGCAGACAUUGACAUCAAUGCACCGGGAAUUGACAUUAAAGGUCCAGAAUUUGAUGUGGGUGGACCUGAAGGAAAAAUCAAAGGACCUAAAUUCAAAAUGCCAUCCAUAUCUGGUCCUAACAUAUCAAUGCCUGACGUUGACUUCAAUCUGAAGGGACCCAAAAUGAAAGGGGAUUUGGACAUGUCUGGCGAACUCAAAGGCCCAAAGGUAGAUAUAGAAGGUCCAGAUGUUGAUAUUGAGGGACCAGAAGGUGGAUUCAAAAUGCCCAAAUUCAAGAUGCCCUCAUUUGGAUUCAAGGGUCCAAAGGUUGAGGGACCUGAUGUUGAUGUGAAACUCCCAAAAGCAGACAUUGACAUUAAGGCACCAGACAUUGACAUUGAAGGCCCAGAUCUUGAAAUGGAGGGCCCAGAUGGAAAAAUCAAGGGCCCUAAAUUCAAAAUGCCAUCAAUAUCAGGUCCAAAGAUUUCAAUGCCAGAUGUUGAUUUCAAUCUGAAAGGACCCAAGAUGAAAGGGGAUUUGGAUGUGUCCAUGCCGAAAGUGGAAGGUGGACUGAAAGGCCCAAAGGUAGAUAUUGAGGCCCCAGAUGUUGACAUUGAAGGCCCAGAAGGCGGAUUCAAAAUGCCUAAGAUCAAGAUGCCCUCCUUUGGCUUCAAGGGGCCAAAGGUUGAGGGACCUGAUGUUGAUGUGAAUCUCCCAAAAGCAGACAUUGACAUCAAUGCACCGGGAAUUGACAUUAAAGGUCCAGAAUUUGAUGUGGGUGGACCUGAAGGAAAAAUCAAAGGACCUAAAUUUAAAAUGCCAUCCAUAUCUGGUCCUAACAUAUCAAUGCCUGACGUUGACUUCAAUCUGAAAGGACCAAAACUGAAGGGAGAUGUGGACAUGUCUGGUGAACUCAAAGGUCCAAAGGUAGACAUUGAAGGCCCGGAUGUUGAUAUUGAAGGCCCAGAAGGUGGAUUCAAAAUGCCCAAAAUCAAAAUGCCUUCUUUUGGAUUUAAGGGGCCAAAGGUAGAGGGACCUGAUGUAGAUGUGAACCUCCCAAAAGCAGACAUUGACAUCAAUGCACCGGGAAUUGACAUUAAAGGUCCAGAAUUUGAUGUGGGUGGACCUGAAGGAAAAAUCAAAGGACCUAAAUUCAAAAUGCCAUCCAUAUCUGGUCCUAACAUAUCAAUGCCUGACGUUGACUUCAAUCUGAAGGGACCCAAAAUGAAAGGGGAUUUGGACAUGUCUGGCGAACUCAAAGGCCCAAAGGUAGAUAUAGAAGGUCCAGAUGUUGAUAUUGAGGGACCAGAAGGUGGAUUCAAAAUGCCCAAAUUCAAGAUGCCCUCAUUUGGAUUCAAGGGUCCAAAGGUUGAGGGACCUGAUGUUGAUGUGAAACUCCCAAAAGCAGACAUUGACAUUAAGGCACCAGACGUUGACAUUGAAGGCCCAGAUCUUGAAAUGGAGGGGCCUGAUGGAAAGAUCAAAGGGCCAAAAUUCAAAAUGCCAUCCAUAUCUGGGCCAAAAAUAUCAAUGCCAGACGUUGACUUCAACCUGAAAGGACCAAAACUGAAGGGAGAUGUGGAUGUGUCAGUGCCAAAGAUGGAAGGUGAACUCAAAGCUCCAAAGAUAGAUAUUGAAGGCCCAGAUGUUGACAUUGAAGGCCCAGAAGGCGGAUUCAAAAUGCCUAAAAUGAAGAUGCCCUCAUUUGGAUUCAAAGGGCCAAAGGUAGAGGGACCUGAUGUAGAUGUGAACCUCCCAAAAGCAGACAUUGACAUCAAUGCACCGGGAAUUGACAUUAAAGGUCCAGAAUUUGAUGUGGGUGGACCUGAAGGAAAAAUCAAAGGACCUAAAUUCAAAAUGCCAUCCAUAUCUGGUCCUAACAUAUCAAUGCCUGACGUUGACUUCAAUCUGAAGGGACCCAAAAUGAAAGGGGAUUUGGACAUGUCUGGCGAACUCAAAGGUCCAAAGGUAGAUAUAGAAGGCCCAGAUGUUGAUAUUGAGGGACCAGAAGGUGGAUUCAAAAUGCCCAAAUUUAAGAUGCCCUCAUUUGGAUUCAAGGGUCCCAAAGUUGAGGGACCUGAUGUUGAUGUGAAACUCCCAAAAGCAGACAUUGACAUUAAGGCACCCAAAGUUGACAUUGAAGGCCCAGAUCUUGAAAUGGAGGGCCCAGAUGGAAAGAUUAAAGGCCCCAAAUUCAAGAUGCCCUCCAUCUCUGGGCCAAAAAUAUCAAUGCCUGACGUUGACUUCAAUCUGAAAGGACCAAAAAUGAAGGGAGAUGUGGAUGUGUCAGUGCCAAAGAUGGAAGGUGAACUCAAAGGCCCAAAGAUAGAUAUUGAAGGCCCAGAUGUUGACAUUGAAGGCCCAGAAGGUGGAUUCAAAAUGCCCAAAAUCAAAAUGCCCUCAUUUGGAUUUAAGGGGCCAAAGGUAGAGGGACCUGAUGUAGAUGUGAACCUCCCAAAAGCAGACAUUGACAUCAAUGCACCGGGAAUUGACAUUAAAGGUCCAGAAUUUGAUGUGGGUGGACCUGAAGGAAAAAUCAAAGGACCUAAAUUCAAAAUGCCAUCCAUAUCUGGUCCUAACAUAUCAAUGCCUGACGUUGACUUCAAUCUGAAGGGACCCAAAAUGAAAGGGGAUUUGGACUUGUCAGGAGAUAUCAAAGGCCCAAAGGUAGACAUUGAAGGCCCAGAUGUUGACAUUGAGGGCCCCGAAGGUGGAUUCAAGAUGCCUAAAAUGAAGAUGCCCUCAUUUGGAUUCAAGGGUCCAAAGGUUGAGGGACCUGAUGUUGACGUGAAACUCCCAAAAGCAGACAUUGACAUUAAGGCACCCAAAGUUGACAUUGAAGGCCCAGAUUUUGAAAUGGAGGGCCCAGAUGGAAAGAUCAAAGGGCCAAAAUUCAAAAUGCCAUCCAUAUCUGGGCCAAAAAUAUCAAUGCCUGACGUUGACUUCAACCUGAAAGGACCCAAAUUGAAAGGAGAUAUGGAUGUGUCAGGUGAACUCAAAGGCCCAAAAGUAGAUAUUGAAGGCCCGGAUGUUGACAUUGAGGGCCCAGAAGGCGGAUUCAAAAUGCCUAAAAUGAAGAUGCCCUCAUUUGGAUUUAAGGGGCCAAAGGUAGAGGGACCUGAUGUAGAUUUGAACCUCCCAAAAGCAGACAUUGACAUCAAUGCACCGGGAAUUGACAUUAAAGGUCCAGAAUUUGAUGUGGGUGGACCUGAAGGAAAAAUCAAAGGACCUAAAUUCAAAAUGCCAUCCAUAUCUGGUCCUAACAUAUCAAUGCCUGACGUUGACUUCAAUCUGAAGGGAGCCAAAAUGAAAGGGGAUUUGGACGUGUCAGGAGAUAUCAAAGGCCCAAAGUUAGACAUUGAAGGCCCAGAUGUUGACAUUGAUGGCCCAGAAGGCGGAUUCAAAAUGCCUAAAAUGAAGAUGCCCUCAUUUGGAUUCAAGGGACCGAAGGUUGAGGGACCUGAUGUUGACGUGAAACUCCCAAAAGCAGACAUUGACAUUAAGGCACCCAAAGUUGACAUUGAAGGCCCAGAUCUUGAAGUGGAGGGCCCAGAUGGAAAAAUCAAAGGCCCAAAAUUCAAAAUGCCAUCUAUAUCAGGACCAAAGAUUUCAAUGCCAGAUGUUGACUUCAAUCUGAAGGGGCCGAAAUUGAAAGGAGAUGUGGAUAUGUCUGUGCCAAAAGUAGAAGGUGAACUCAGAGGCCCAAAGGUAGAUAUCGAGGGCCCAGAUGUUGAUAUUGAAGGCCCUGAAGGUGGAUUCAAAAUGCCCAAAAUCAAAAUGCCCUCAUUUGGAUUCAAGGGGCCAAAGGUAGAGGGACCUGAUGUAGAUGCAGACAUUGACAUUAAGGCACCUAAGGUUGACAUUAAAGGUCCUGAACUGGAUGUAGAGGGGCCUGAGGGAAAAAUCAAAGGACCUAAAUUCAAAAUGCCAUCCAUAUCCGGGCCAAAGAUUUCAAUGCCUGAUGUUGAUUUGAACUUGAAAGGACCUAAAGUUAAGGGAGGCAUGGACGUAUCGGGUGAUAUAACCGGUCCCAAAUUAAACAUUGAAGGUCCAGCUGUUGACUUAGGAGGGGUGGCACAGCCUGAUCUUGAUGUUAAUCUAAGAGGUCCCAGACUUGACAUUGAAGGGCCUGAGGGUAAACUGAAAGGGCCCACAUUUAAAAUGCCAUCCAUUUCUGCACCAAAAAUGUCAAUGCCAGAUGUUGAUAUAAAUCUUAAAGGGCCAAAAGUUAAGGGGGAUGCCUCAGUUGGAGACAUCAGUUUUGAAAAGCCAGAGGUCAAGUUUCCUAAAUUCAAGGGCCCCACUUUUGGAAUAAAAUCAUCUGCAGUUAAAGUGCCAGAGGUAGAAAUCUCAACAAAAGCAGGUGUUUCUGGUCCUAACAUUGGCAUCACAGGUCCUGAGCUAACUGUGGAGGGAGCCGAGGGAAAUAUCAAAGCACCAAAAAUGAAGAAAUCCAAAUUUCACAUAGGUGGGAAAAGCCCCAAAGUAGAACUCCCUGAUGUUGAUGCAAGUGCUACAGCUCCUGAUGUAGACAUCAAUCUGAAAGGAAAGAAAGGUAAAUUUAAACUACCUAAAGUGAAAGGAAAGGGUGGCGAUGCUGACUUCAGUCUCAAAUCGCAUGACAUAGAAUUAGAAGCCGAAUCACCUGAGCUGCAUGUUAAAGGUCACAAAGGCAAAAAGACACUGUUUGGAAAGCUUCACUUUCCAGACGUUGAACUUGACAUUGGGUCUCCCAAGGUCAAGGCGGGUGCGUCUGGCACCCUGAAAGGUUCUGAUCUUGAUUUGCCAUCAGGUAGUCUGAAAACAGAUGUGAAUGUGGAACCAGUUGGAGCAAACAUGAGCAUAGCAGGCCCAGAGAUAUCUGGUGAUAUUGGGUCAGCACAGGGGCAAGUAAAAGCAAAGGUUCCAAAGUUUGGUGUUGCAUUACCCAAGUUGGAAGGUCCAGAAAUUGGAGUGGACGUAGGAACUACUGAAGUUGCAGGAAGUGCUGAGAUGGGUAGUCCAUCUUUAAGUGGCCACAUUCGUGGGCCAGAAGUGAAAUCAGGUGGAAAAGUUAAGUUCCCUAAAUUGUUCGGGAAGUCAAGAGGGAAGGGUGGAAGUGCUGCCGACCUAACAAUGAGCAGUCCCGAUAUUGAUGUCUCCAGAAAGGGUGACCUCAGUUUGAGUUCUGGAGAGUUGCAGGGUGGGAAAAUGUCAGUGGGAGGAAGUACAGAACUGCGGGUUACAUCCAAAUCCAAAUCUGCAUCCCUUGACCUUUUCAAAAAAUCACGGCAUCGCUCCUCGUCUUUCAGUGACGAAGGGGACCUUGCCUCUCCCACAUCUGCCUCUGGUCACCUAGAAGCAGGUAGUGGUGACAUAUCGAUAGAUCUAGGUGGGGCCAAGGUCAAAGGGAAAAAGGGAAAGUUAAAAUUCGGAACAUUUGGUGGUUUUGGAGCUAAGUCCAAGGGUUCGUACGAGGUGUCAUUGGGAGAGCAGGGUGAAGGAAAGUUAGAGGGAGGUAGUGAUGUGGCACUGUCCGCAAAAAAGUCAAGAAUGUCUUCUUCUUCCAGUAGUGAUAGUGGAUCAAAGAGUGGGUUUCAUUUUCCAAAAUUGGAACUAGCUGUGUCACCUAAGAAGUGAGAACAUGUGAUACAGACAGCAUUAAUGUACUACACAUAAUUCUUAUUCUUCCACUCAACUAAUAGUUAAGCAUUUGAGCAAAUAAACAGCAUAUUCACACUAUUCUUUUUGAAUUCUCACUGUCACAGUAACAUAAUUACUAAUAAUCAAUGUAUGUGAGUUGUAUUCUUACACUCUCUCUAUCCCAGUCCAUUGAUCUAGAAACUGCUUGGGGUACAUACCAUAUUUUUGUUAUUACACUGUAAAUAAGAAAAUCUGUAUUGUAAUUAUUUUUUCUUUUGUACAUAGUGAAAUUUUAUUGUGACAAUGCCAUCUCACAAAAAUCAAACAGUGCCUUUGAGAACCUAAAUCCUAUGUUUUAUGAAUUUUGCAACUUUUUUUUUUUUUUUACAUUUAAUGAAAUAAGAUUCCCGGAAGGUUCUUACAACAUUAUUGCAAUCACUGUAUUACUGAUAAGAAUGUCUUUUUUGCAUAUAAUCGUAGCGCAAAGGAAAACUUUAUAUUUGAAAUUACACAGCUGUUUUGUUGCUACAUCAAAUGUAAUCAUUCCUUUCAUGAUUCCUCACAGAAAUGAUUUGCAGGACAAUCCUCGAGCAUGAAAUUGAGAUAUUUUUUUUAACAGAUUCCUAACCUUUGUACAAACUGUAAAUAUACUGUUGCUGCUUUAUCCUAAUCUUAAACAUGGAUUAGAGAUGAACCGAAUUUGGAAUACCAAUUUGUAGGUAUAUAAUAUUUCCAUUGCAGUUUCACAUGGGUUACAUAUGGUCAUUAUCCAAAUUAUUUAUAUUGGGUACAAUUUGUUCAAAAUAACCUAAUUAAAAGGAAUUGUUUUGUUUUGGUUUUCUAUAAAACUAUGCUACUGCUUUUGAAAGUGAAUACAAUAGUUUAGCCUUUUCCCAUCACACAUUGCCUUUAUAUGGGGUAAUGUAAUGCUCUCUCUCUCUCCCCCCUCACACUCUCUCUCUCAGUGACCACGGUGGUGUCUGGUGGGGAAAGGGUUAAGUCUACUGUUUCACUUCCAUCAUUAUUAAUACAAUGUUGACUCUCAGCUGCAGAUCCUAAAUUGUAUUUUUCUAUGUUUUGUUUUCCUGUUACAAACAACGCAAAUAAACUGUACAAGUACCUUCA